CGUCCCCAAUCACAUUUCGCCCAUCUGUCAUCUAGUCUCCCCCCCCGCAAACCCUGUCGGUAGCUGACUUGCCCUGCCUAUACCGCAGACUGGACUGACCGAUAAAUGACGGACCGGGGGUUCGAACUUCUGUCACAGUACCCAAAAACUCGACACAACCCCGACUCUCCUGCCAACCAAUCCUCUUUUACCACCCUCGACUUCAUUUAUCCUCUCUUUUCACCAAGUUGUCAUACCCCCCUCUUAUCGGGCCCAGUUGGUAGGUCAGCCCGGUAUCACUCGUCAUCGCCGUCACUAUGGACGCUGUGCUCCGCCAGUCCAAGGCCAUGUGCCCAUUCUUGAAGAAGGCCUCGCCUGCGACCCUGCGUGCCCUGUCCACCUCGACUCGUCCGCAUGUCUCGCCCUGCGGCGGCACCAUCUCCAAGCUACAGCUGCUCGGCCAGCGCUGCCCCGUCAUGGGUAAGGCGCUCGCCAUCCAGUCUGCGAGGGUCGGCAGGACCUCGGUCACCUGCCCGGCCGCCGUUGCUGGCAUUCGCGGCUUCUCGGGUCCAGCGAAGCCGGGGAAAGCCAGGAUUCACACGAGCCGCUGCCACGAGGCGCGGACUGUCGACGCCUCCGUGUUCAAUUCCCGCGAGUCCGUUCCGAUCCCCCCCGCUGUAGCCGCCAAUCGCAAGGCCAAUGCAUCUGCUGCUGUUGGGAAGCCCGCUCCGCACGCCAAUGCCAAAUUCAAUUACGAUGCAUUUUACCAGAGGGAGCUCGAUAAAAAACACAAGGACAAGUCGUAUCGCUACUUCAACAACAUCAACCGAUUGGCCAAGGAAUUCCCCCAGGCCCACGGUGCCAACGUAGAGGAGCGAGUUACCGUGUGGUGCUCUAACGACUAUCUCGGCAUGGGCCGAAACCGCCAUGUUCUAAAGCAGAUGCACGAGACGCUCGACGAGUACGGAGCCGGUGCGGGAGGCACGCGAAACAUAUCGGGCCACAACAAGCACGCCGUCGAGCUUGAGGACACGAUCGCAAAGCUGCACGCCAAGGAGGCGGCCCUAGUUUUCAGCUCCUGCUAUGUCGCCAACGAUGCGACGCUGGCCACCCUCGGCAGCAAGCUCCCGGACUGUGUCAUCUUGUCUGACAGCUUGAAUCACGCGUCGAUGAUUCAGGGCAUUCGCCACUCUGGCACAAAGAAGCUAGUCUUCAAGCACAACGACCUGGCUGACCUCGAGGCCAAAUUGGCUUCUCUCCCGCUCGACGUGCCUAAGAUCAUCGCAUUCGAGUCGGUCUACAGCAUGUGCGGUUCUAUCGGGCCCAUCGAGGGCAUCUGCGAUCUCGCCGAUAAAUACGGAGCCAUAACCUUUCUCGACGAAGUCCAUGCCGUUGGUAUGUACGGGCCGAGAGGUGCCGGCGUCGCCGAGCACCUGGAUUUUGAAGCCCACCGACAGGGCAGGCCCGAAGGGACAAUUAUGGACCGUAUAGAUAUCAUAACUGGUACCCUCGGCAAAGCCUACGGGUGUGUGGGUGGGUAUAUCGCAGGAACUGCGAAACUAGUCGAUAUGAUCCGCUCUCUGGCCCCUGGUUUCAUUUUCACGACCUCCCUUCCGCCAGCUACCAUGGCCGGCGCUAGGACGGCCAUCGAGUAUCAGAUGAGCUACAACGGGGACAGACGGCUCCAGCAACUCCACACCCGGGCCGUCAAGGAGGCGUUGGGCGCUAGGGACAUCCCGGUCAUCCCGAAUCCGUCGCACAUUAUCCCGAUUUUGGUCGGGAACGCUGAGCUUGCGAAGCAAGCGUCCGACAUGCUCCUGAGCGAGUACCAAAUUUACGUACAGUCCAUCAACUACCCGACCGUGCCCGUCGGCCAGGAGCGCCUAAGAAUCACGCCGACCCCGGGCCAUACGAAGCAGUAUCGCGAUCAGCUCGUCGCAGCCAUCGACGAGAUUUGGUCUCAGCUCGGCAUCAAGCGCACCUCCGAAUGGGCAGCUGAGGGCGGCUUUAUCGGUGUAGGUGAAGCCGCUGGAACAGGUGCUGAGGAGCCUCUCUGGACGGAUGAUCAGCUUGGAAUCGACCAUCGGGUUGCCAAGGAAAUCAGGGAAUCCGCAUCGGCCAACGGUUUCAUGGAAACCCUUCUCGAACGCGAGAGCCAGAACUCGGCUAGUGUCGUGAGCACCACCGCCUAACUGCAACCGUAGUCUCGGUUACGCAAUAUAGAGACGAAAUACACGUCCACAUUAAGGGGAGCUCAUCCGACCUAACCCACGUUCUUUCGAGCGUACCGGAAGAUUUGGAAAGCGUGCGAUCUCGAAGCAUGACCCGAUUUUGAAUUCAGCUAUCAGCUCGUGCGCGUUUGUUUUUUCAAAGGAGCGCCGAGGCCCAUUUUUAACUUCGC